AAGCCGCGCACAAAAGGAGUGUUUGUGUCCCUUCCAUUACUCAGAGUCCUUAUAAAUCAACCGAAUAUCCUGUGCCAAUACAUAGCACCUUGUCAUGCUCUUCAAACUUCGUCGGAAGGAGUCACCUUGGGAAGUGGCGGAGAGGAAACUAGUGGAUCCUGUCUUGAUGUACGAAGAGGAAGUGAACCAAAGUGACAUCUGCGGAACCUACGUUUUCGACGUGAAGAAACACGAUCAGAGCGAGGCAGAUCUUCGGAACGCUGUAGUUAUCGCGCGACAACAGCUGUUGCAAGAAAUAGCAACGAAGGGUCUUAAUGUCUUAUUAACUGAAAGCUGGAAUUUGACCGUUUAUCGUCAAGGAAAACGGCGUCGGAUUGAGGUGCGAUAUUCUGGUCGUCCUGCCCAUGCCUGCGGAAAAUUACCACUGAUACACCCUCCGCCUUUCAUGGAAGUCUUGAGAGAUUGUCUGCGUUCGUGACAUCAGACGGGGAUCUGGAAGAAUCACCAAUGCUUACUUUACUUGUAAAUUAUCGAUGUUGCAUUUAUCCUUACUUUGACUUCGGGAAAAACGGGGCAAAGA